AAUCUUUUUUCAAAGUAUGAUUUACACCAAUAGCUUCCUCGUGUUACUCCCUCAGUCCUUAUGGUCUCUUUUCAUUAUUAUGUUUGUUGGCUAUAUGGUAAUCAAAACCAUAAGAUACCAUAGCUCUAACAAACCUAAACUUCCUCCAGGUCCAAAACCAUUACCUAUAGUUGGUAAUCUUUUUGAAAUACUUGCAAAUAGACCUACUCAUGCAUGGAUAUAUAGAACGCUGAAAGAAAUGAAUACCGAAAUAAUAUGUUUUCGGCUCAUAAAUAUUCAUAUUAUUGUUGUUAAUUGUCCCACCAUUGCCCUUGAAUUCUUCAAAAAACAUGAAUCUAAUUUUGCAUCAAGACCAGACACCAUGGCCGGUAAUAUCAUCUCCAACGGAUACUUGACUACAUUGUUUGGACCGUAUGCCGAACAAUGGAAAAAGAUGAAGAAAAUUACUGUUAAAGAUUUGCUCAGUCCAUCCCGGCAUCAAUGGCUUCUAGAAAAAAGAAAUGAAGAAUCUGAUAAUCUAAUAUUUUAUGUGUACAACAAAUGCAAAAAUGGUGGCAUGGUAAAUACUAGAAUCGCUAUGCUACAUUACUGUAGUAAUGUGUUCAAAAAAAUGUUUUUCAAUACCAGAUACAUUGGAAAGGGUCCGAAGGAUGGAGGGCCUGGUCCUGAGGAUGUUGAACACGUUGACGCUACUUUAGAUUUGCUUCGUUAUGUAUUUUCUUUUUCUCUCUCAGAUUUUAUCCCAUGCUUGAGUCUACUAGACCUAGAUGGUCAUAAAGACAAGGUCAAUAAUGCAUUAAGGAUAGUGAACCAGUGUCAUGAUCCUAUUAUUGAAGAAAGAAUCAAACAUUGGAAUGAUGGAUCAAAGAAAGUUGAAGAGGAUUUGCUAGAUGUUUUGAUCAACCUGAAAGACGAAAAUAAUAAUCCGUUGUUGACAAUGAACGAAAUCAAGGCUCAAGUUAUUGAAUUGAUGAUGGCAACGUUAGAUAAUCCAUCGAAUGCAGUUGAAUGGAUAUUGGCCGAAAUGUUGAAUCAACCUGAACUACUUCAAAGAGCCACGGAAGAGUUGGACACUGUAGUCGGAAAAGAUAGGUUGGUAGAAGAAUCAGACAUUCCUAAACUCAAGUUCUUGAUGGCUUGUGCAAGAGAAUCUUUUCGUCUCCAUCCCGUAACAGAUUUAACUCCUCCGCGUUAUGCCAUGAAUGAUGCGGUUGUUGGAAAUUACUUAAUCCCAAAGGGUAGCUAUGUAUUGCUUGGAAGAACUGGUCUUGGCAGAAACCCAAAAACAUGGAGUGAACCAAACAAAUUUAUACCAGAACGCCAUCUCAAGAAUGAUGGGUCUGAUAUAACUUUGAGAGAACCAGACUUAAGGUUCAUAACCUUUACUGCAGGAAGACGUAGUUGUCCUGGUACCCUACUCGGAACCACGGUGACUAUUAUGUUAUUGGCUAGGUUGCUCCAGGGAUUCACCUGGAGUAUACCUUCCAAUAUACCUAGAAUCAAUUUGGCUGAGGCUGAGGGUAUGUUGUUCCCUGCUGAUCCCCUUAUGGCUAUAGCAAAGCCAAGAUUGGCAGACGAAUUCUACAACUUUGGAGGCAAGUAGAAAUAAGAAGAUAAGACACUAUUCUUAUACCAAAUCCAACCAUUUUACUUCCUUUAAAAAUUAUGUAGUGUUAAGGGUGAAUAUAAAAAUAAGGUUAAGGAUUAGUUUUAAAAUAAUGUUGUUUUGUGUCUAUGAAAGCUUUCAAAUAAAUAAAUAAAUAUGGAUUAUUUUG